GCCCAGGGCUAGGAGCGAGAAACGAAUGGAUAGGAUUCCCAAGAUUCCCCAUCGGAGAAGACACGAGACGACACGGAUUCUUUUCUUCCACUCUUGGCUCCUGAAAAAUAGACCCAAAACCGGCGGAAAUUCGGCAGAAAUGAGCUGACACGAUACCAAAAUCUUGGUCAGAGAGGGGGGGAAGAACAGGAGCAAGAAUCCAAUCCCUGUGGCGCUGUCAGGCCCAAGGAAGGUAAGAGGCGCAAGCAGGAACGGCAGCUAAUAAAAAGGGAGAAACUUCUUUUUACCAAGUAAUUUAAAUAUCUCCGUGUUUGAUUGUUUCUUCUAGCUGGAUCGCUAGCUCGUUUGCUUUGCUUUCACGUCAUUCUCCCGGAGGGAGCGAAAGCAAGCGAGCGAGCGUCCCCCUGUGUCGCUCCCUCUCCAUUUAUUAUUGGAGGUUCACUUGUUGAUUCAAGUCACCUAGCUAGAGCUAAGGAGGUCGGAUCAGGGCAAGUGGAUGCUGGCGAAGAAGCUUGAUCUCUUCGUCCAAAGACCUGCCUUGAUCUCAAGACCUUCGUUAAGCUCCGGUUCUUCCUGAUCCAGCUGAGGCGAGCUUCUUAGCAUGUGAGAGUGAUGGCGGCGGCUGAAGCGAGGGCUGCUUGGCAACGUGCCGCUAACCGCUGCUUGGUUCAGGAGGAUGCCAAGAGAGCUCCAAAGCUGGCAUGCUGUCCAUCUUCUGUGCAACAGCAUGAAGCAAAGAGCGGAAACCCAACUAACCCACAAGAUUGCCAUAUCCCAAAUUUUAUGCAUUUAAAUUUAAAUUGGAACCCAAUGAACUCCAAUCAGCCAAUAGAUACGUGGUUCCUUCAAUUCCAGCCCGAUUUCGGGUGCCAGAAAGUAAUUGCUGGUGAACAUCUGAAUUAUAUGGGCGGGGAAGUUGAUUCCAAGAAAGUGGAAAGUUUUUCACCAGUGUCUACGCUUGAAGACAUCAAUCCUAAGAAGAGCGAGUAUCCUUUUGAGCCUCCGUGGAUCGUUUCGACAGCUUUUAUGAAGCAAACUUCUGAAACAGCUUUCGAAGAGUUCAAAACUCUUUCUGGUUGUUCUCAAGUGAGUCUUAAAUGCAGAGGUAAUUCCAAUAGCCUCCUUCAUGAGGAUAAAGAGUUUAUGGAGUUCAAAACUUUUGAUCCUCUGUUUCCAAAGAAACCACAGAAGGCAUGCUAUGAGAUGGAUCCACCUUGGGCAGAAGACAAGAAGUCACAGCCAUGGUGGCAAGUAGUUGAUGGGGAUGGAUUGGCUUCGCUCGUUGCAGAAAGAGCAAUGCAGAACAUUGAGAACAACGAUCUGCCAAGACCCACUCAGACAGUGCGUGUUCAUGGGGCAAAAUUGAACAGCCAUGAGAACAAGGAUAGCUAUGGGCAUACAUCCCCUUCUGUUAAAGAGUUGCAACCUGAACUACAAGACACUAUGAUGUGCAGCUAUAGCAUCGCAAGCACCAAUGAGACAAAUUCAUCUGACAGUGGAGGGUGGCAACAACCUCAAAGAAAGAACGCACGUGGGGGUGCACAGGAUUCGUCACCAGGCAACGAGCCAGCACAUCAGAACCAGAAUGCCUCUGAGAGGGCCCAGCUGCUGGAUGCUCUCCGCCAUUCGCAGACACGGGCUAGGGAAGCCGAGAUGGCUGCUAAGAAUGCUCAUGAUGAAAAAGACCAUAUCAUCAAGCUAUUGUUUCGUCAGGCCUCACACCUCUUUGCAUGUAAGCAAUGGCUGAAAAUGCUGCAACUGGAGAACAUAUGCCUCCAGCUCAGGCUCAAAGAACAUCAAAUAGCAGCCAUGUUCCCAGAACUUCCCUGGACGAUGAUGAAGGAGAAGGCAGCGCCAGGAGAGGAGCGGAAAGACAGCACAAAGAAGAAAGGCAGGAGGCAGAAGAAGGAAGGUGGCUUCCGCAAAGCCAUCAUGUUUGCGGUCGGUGUAGGUAUCGUCGGUGCUGGACUGCUGCUUGGCUGGACCCUUGGGUGGCUGAUGCCCAGGUUGUGAGUUCCACCUACAUAGUGUUCAAUUCCACGAAUAGCUGGUAGAUAAAGCUCCAGAUAUGUGCUUUAUGAAGUAGGAGAAUGAAAUGAACAAAUUCUUAGAAUCACUCAUACAAGCUUGAUGAUUUGGAGGCUUUGCUGAUGAUCUCUCUCCAUGCCUUCAUGUAUAUAUAGGAAGAAUUUAGUGUACAUAUUGCCAGAAACUGGGUAUUUCUGGUACACCUGUAGGUUCCAUGGGGGUGAGUGUGUACAUAGUGUGCAUCUGGGUCAGUGGUGGUGGAACCUCAUAUCAGUCGACUUCAACAAAGGGUAAACCUGUACUGUAAGCAUGUAACCUUCUUUGCUUAGUGUAAAAAGAAUUGUAUUACUCCAGUUUGGUUUUUACCAAACCUGUCCUGUAAGCAUGUAACCUUCUUCUUUGCUUAGUGUAAAAAGAAUUGUAUUACUCCGGUUUGGUUUUUACCAACUGAUCACGGUUGGUAAACCUGUACUGUAAAUAUAUUGUAACUUGGUUCUUUGUUUAAUGUAAAAGAAAUUGUAUUAUUCA